CUUAAAAUGGACCGAAUUUGAUCUCUCCUAAGAGCAGCGGUGUAAGACUGCGUGAGGGUUUUGGUGGGGCGAUAGGUUUGAAGCAAUUCAAAUCCUCCCUUUCCCUAACAAAAAAUAAAAAUAAAAAUAAAAUAUUUUCUUCUUCCCCACUCUAUUUAUACCGAAUUUUCCCUCUCCCUUUCUACCCCCAAAACCCCUCUUCACUUUCAAUCUCUUUCCCUUCCUUUCCUUGUCUUUUUAUUUUUUUACAUCAAAAUUAAAAUAAUAACACCCAUCAAACAAACCACACUUCUCCCCCUCCCUUUGAAAACACCUCAAUCAAUCUCGAUGAUCAUGGCAGCACUCAAUUCAAGCACUUGUGCCAAACCUCAAUUCCCUCACCCUCUCUCCUCCUCUUUCUCUUCUUCUUCAUCAUUAACAAGAGAUUUGGGCUUCCCCACAAGGUUUCAGAAGAAGCCCAUUAGAAAGGUGGUGGAUUGUGCUCUACACUCCCCCCCAGUGAUCCAUUUCCCAAACCAGCCCUACAACAAACCUGAAAUUACCAAAGAACCCACCACCUCCACCGCGGAAAGGCCUCAGUGGAACCCAUUCCAAAAAGCCGCAGCAAAGGCCCUCGACAUGUUCGAGAGCGCGUUGCUCUCACGCGAGCUCAACCAACCCUUUCCCAAAACCACUGACCCACGCGUCCAAAUUGCCGGUAACUUCGCCCCCGUUCCGGAACACCCCGUCGAACAUUCUCUCCCCGUUAUUGGCACAAUCCCCGACGCCAUUAACGGCGUCUACCUCCGUAACGGCGCCAACCCAUUGUUCAAGCCAAAAGCGGGCCACCACCUCUUCGACGGCGACGGAAUGGUCCACGCCGUUAAAUUCAAUGACGGCACCGCCAGCUACGCGUGCCGCUUCACCGAAACGCAGCGUCUCAUGCAGGAGCGCAAAUUGGGAAAACCUGUGUUUCCCAAGGCAAUCGGCGAACUCCACGGCCAUUCCGGCAUCGCGAGGUUGAUGCUGUUCUACGCAAGAGGCUUGUGCGGCAUCGUCGACCACCGCAGAGGCGCCGGCGCAGCCAACGCCGGCCUCGUCUUCUUCAACGGAAAACUCCUCGCCAUGUCGGAGGAUGAUUUCCCCUACGAACUCCGAAUCACCGCCUCCGGCGACCUCGAAACGAUUGGCCGCUACAGCUUUCACGGCCAGCUCAAUUCCUCCAUGAUCGCGCAUCCGAAGGUCGAUCCUGUCUCCGGAGAGCUUUUUACCCUAAGCUACGACGUCACGAGCAAGAUCCUCAAAUACUUCCAUUUCUCGCCCGAGGACGAGAGGAAGUCGCCGGACAUAGAAAUUCCCCUUGACGCGCCGACGAUGACGCACGACUUCGCGAUCACGGAGAAUUUCGUGGUGAUCCCGGACCAGCAGGUGGUGUUCAAGCUCGGCGAAAUGAUCAAAGGAGGAUCGCCGGUGAUCUACGACGGCGAGAAGAAAUCGCGGUUCGGAAUACUGCCAAAGUACGCUUCCGACGCGUCGAGCAUCGUGUGGGUGGACUCGCCAGACACGUUCUUCUUCCACUUCUGGAACGCGUGGGAGGAACGCGACAAAGACGAAGUGGUGGUAAUAGGUUCGUGCAUGACACCACCAGAUUCAAUAUUCAAUGACAGAGAAGAGAGACUGAAGAGCGUUUUAACAGAAGUAAGGCUGAACAUGAGAAGCGGGAAGGCGAGGAGGAGGGUGCUGGUGGAGGAAAUGAACCUGGAGGCAGGGAUGGUGAACAGGAAAAGGUUGGGGAGAAAAACACGGUUCGCAUAUUUGUGCAUAGCGGAACCGUGGCCGAAGGUGUCGGGGGUGGCGAAGGUGGACCUGGAGAGUGGGGAAGUGAAGAGGCACGAGUACGGAGAGAGAAGGUUCGGUGGAGAGCCAUUCUUCUUGCCAACACGUGGAGGGAAUGGGAAUGAGGAUGAAGGGUACGUGAUGGCUUUUGUGCAUGACGAGAUGACGUGGCAGUCCGAGUUGCAGAUUCUGAAUGCACUUGAUUUGAAGUUGGAGGCCACUGUCAUGCUGCCUUCAAGAGUGCCCUAUGGCUUCCAUGGCACGUUUGUGGAGGCUCAUUGAAGUCCACCUGGACUAUUUUAUUUGGUCGCUUAAACGGUAAAACACAUUUCAGACAACAAACAUUUUGUUGCCUUUUCUACCCUUCUCAAUAAUAAAUAUUUAUCUAUGCUUUCGCGAAUCAGCUUGUAGUUUGUGGAUGAAGCUCAGCUGCUUUCUGUUUCUUGCUUCCUUUCUUUUGUUUUAAAAAAGAAUUCGCUUUCUGUUUGGCUUUUGGUUCUUCAAUUUUCAAUCUUGCCUUCCUGAC